UUUAGCACCUUCUGCCAUGAUGCUCCUUCAUCUUUAUCUUCUAUGGUUCUGAAAAGCAUGAAGAUCUCAACAGUGAUGAAAUGUGUCCAAGGAAGCCCAUGCUCUCUUCAUUUAAACAUUAAAGGAACUCUGAGUCUGGAUGAGAAUAUCCGUGGGCUGGAAAUAUGUUCUUUCUCACUGGACACACAGCAAUCUCAGUGCACAACUGUGAGGUUUGCUAGGAAAAAACCCAAGAUGCUUAAUGGAAAGAAGGUGCAGGUACAGUUCAAUUGCAUUGAAGUCAAUGUAGCACAGCACAUCUAUGUGACCAUGAAAACAAUACCAAAUUACUGUGAAGUCAAGCUGAGUCAGGAGUACUAUGUUGAAGAUUGCAGAAACAGUGAUGUGGGAAAAUACAUUCCAGCCUGUUCAGCUGGAAAGUUUGAAUAUAAUGUGGACAGGGCAAGGAAAAUGAUAUCAGUGAAUGUAUCCAACUUUCUUCAAGAUCAGGAUUAUUAUAUUCGCCUGUGCCACAAAUGGUUUACCUGUGAAGAUGUGGGGGCAUUUGCUGUGAUAAAAGGGAAGGAAUCUUUAAAAUCAGUUUCUCUGAAAUAUUCUCAGCUACUCCCUUGCCUUUGCAUUGAGGGUUGGCUGGCAGUUCCAGAUGCAAGGAGGGUACAACUUUGCCCCUUUGAAAAUGAUACGAAGGUGCUAUGGGACAAUAUCGUUUACAACCCAGCAACACAAAGCCUAGCUUGGGAGCCAGCCUGUCCUGUGCUUGUCGUGGUUAACCUAUGCAGGUUAAUGAAGUCUAACGACUACUGUGAGGAUAUAGAAAACUCUUCCAAAAAUUCUUCUGAGAAAGUUAAAUAUUCUCGUGUGGACACUCACCCGAGACUUUGCAUGAAGUUUACAACCAAGCAAGGCUCUUGGGUUAAGUGUCCAUUUGCUCAUGGAGAAUUUCCAGCUUGGAAAAUGAGAGCUGGUGCAGCCGCAGAACAAAUCCGAGUUUUCUUCACAUCUCAAACCAAGGCCCAGUUCUCAGUGCUUGUGUGCAACAGGACCCAGCUGGCCACGUGCCAAUCUGUGGGGAUGCACCAUUCAGUCUCUGGGGGCUGGAGGACAGAUGUAGAUUAUUCAGUUCCACUGCAGAUCUGUGAUAUCCACUGUGGUUUUCGUGGUCAGAGAUAUGGUGAUGGAAACCCUGCAAAGGCCAUGACACACAGAAUGAAGAGUGCGCAUUCCUUGCAAUGA